GUGCAUGGCCAGUUGGCACUGUGUAAGCUAAGGAUGAGCCUCAGCUCCACAAGCCAGAGAACUUGGCGAGGUCCCUGGCACUCCCACUUCCUCAAAGCUAUGAGACAGGAGUGUUCUCCUUAUGUGACUAGGCACAAGUUCCAAGUGGGGAGGGGACUGGCUCAGCAUCCGGAGCCAAAACAAGAAUAGAACUGGGAGCUGAGCCUGAAGCAGUUCAGGCUUUGGGUUCUCUGCAUCAACACAGCCAGCAUGCCUAUGAUUUCUGUGCUGGGCAAAAUGUUUCUGUGGCAGCGAGAAGGGCCUGGAGGACGAUGGACUUGUCAGACAAGUCGCAGAGUGGCUUCGGACCCUGCCUGGGCUGUGGAGUGGAUCGAACUCCCUCGAGGUCUCUCUUUGUCCUCACUGGGAUCUGCUCGGACUCUCCGAGGCUGGAGCCGGUCCCCACGUCCCUCUUCCGUGGACAGCCAGGACUUGCCAGAGGUGAAUGUUGGAGACACAGUCGCGAUGCUGCCCAAGUCCCGGAGAGCUCUAACCAUCCAGGAGAUCGCUGCGCUGGCCAGAUCUUCCCUGCAUGGUAUUUCCCAGGUAGUGAAGGACCACGUGACCAAGCCCACAGCCAUGGCCCAGGGCCGUGUGGCUCACCUUAUCGAAUGGAAGGGCUGGAGUAAGCCUAGUGACUCACCAGCUGCUCUGGAAUCAGCUUUUUCCUCCUAUUCAGACCUCAGUGAGGGUGAACAAGAGGCUCGAUUUGCAGCAGGAGUGGCCGAGCAGUUUGCUAUUGCAGAAGCCAAGCUCCGGGCAUGGUCUUCAGUGGAUGGCGAUGACUCCACCGAUGAUUCUUAUGACGAGGACUUUACUGGGGGAAUUGACACAGACAGGAGGAAAAAGACUAUCCAGGCUGACCUUGACACCCCAAGGACAAAGAUCACGAGCUACACUCAGACAUGGCUGGGCCUCUGGGGUCCCAUCUCCAGGACCUCUUCACAGGUCGUCGAUUCUCCCGACCUGUGCGCCAGGGCUCUGUGGAGCCAGAGAGCGACUGUUCACAGACCGUGUCCCCAGAUACCCUGUGCUCUAGUCUGUGCAGCCUGGAGGAUGGGUUACUGGGCUCCCCAGCCAGGAUGACCUCCCAGAUGUUGGGUGAAGAGCUGCUCCUCUCCAGACUGCCCCCCAGCCGGGAAAGUGCCUUCCGCAGCCUGGGUCCUUUGGAGGCCCAGGACUCCCUUUACAACUCACCGCUCUCAGAAUCCUGCCUUUCCCCUACAGAGGAGGAGCCAGAUUCUUGCAAGGACUGCCAGCUGCUCUGCCCACUGCCCACGGGCAGCUGGGAAAGACAGCAGCAAGCCUCUGAUGUGGCCUCUUCUGGGGUCGUAUCCUUAGAUGAGGACGAGGUGGACCAGUGAUCCAGACAUGCCUGGUGGGGGCAUGUUUUCCUGGGCUGCUGCCUGGGGCAGAGCCUCUGUGGCCAAAUGUGGGCUCUGAAGCUUUUCGAGGGCUUCUGGGAGCACUCACUUCUCCAUUUGUGUGUUUUGCAUGAAAGUGUUUGGAGAGGAGGCAGGGGCCAGGCUAGGGGCGCAUGUCCUGCUUCCACUCUUGGGGUUUGCCGGGGCUUGCCCGGGGCCCCUGGGGCAUGGCUACAGCUGUGGCAGACAGUGACGUUCAUGUUUCUUGAAUCCAAAAUGCCACACUUCCUCCUGGGAUGUGAACCUGAGAGGGUUGUGGCUGGGCUGGGAAAGUGGAAAUGGAGGAAACCUAGCCACAUACCCUCCACCCUUCCCCAUGGCCCUCUCCUCUGCUUUUCUCUUCCAUGUGCAGUGUGUGACUGAACCAACUCCACCUGUGGGGCUGGCUCCUGCCCUCCUGGAGUCUACAGAUUGAGCCAUCCCCUAAGGGUCCCCUUGCCCAGCUGGGCUCUGCUGUGUGCUUCACCUCUCCAUUGUCUCUAAACCUUUUUUUUCCCUAAAGACAGGGGGUUUCUGGUCUGUUCUUUGAGCCGAUCUUCUUUGGGAAGCACUGGAAAUGAUGAGAGAGGGUGCCCUUGCCCCCUUCACUGCCCCUCUUUCCCCUCUCCCCUCACCCUCUCCCAGCAUGGCAAGGUUGUGUGGGCACAUGCAGAGUCUCAGUAGGCUGGAACUGGAAAAAGGAAGGGCUCUGCUUGUCACAGAGCUGGGAGGACCUUGUCCUUUCAUAGAGGACCACAAGGGGGCCACCUGGGUAGCUAGAUAUGUGCCAAUGAAUGGACAGUCAUGAGGGAGUAGCUGUCCUUGGGGGAGGAAAGAGGGUAGUGCUUUUCUUGGCUGAAUGGAAGGCUGUAGCCACAGUGAUAGGGGGCCCUGUCCCAGGCAGGGUGUUGCUGAUCAGCCAGUGGAGGCCUCUGGCAGAUCUGAUAUUACGAGGACACUGGGGUUGGUAGGUGGCUGCAGAAUGAAUUUCAGAGGCUUGGGCAAUAGGUAAGAGGAUCCAAGGUGAAAAUAUGAGCCAACAGCACAAGUGUUCUAUACAUGAGUGGCUAAUUAGGUGUUUAUUCUAUUUAUUGUUUUAUUAAAUUAAUAUAAAAAUCUU